CGUUUGAAAUUCGCAACUAGAAUGAAAAGCUCGAAGUCAGAUUGUGUUGAAAGUUGGAUUGUAGUUGGUCGAGUGAUUCGCUCUGAAUGGGGUUGAAGUGGCUGGUGCGUUGGCGCUUGGCGUCUUCGCUUUACCCAGUUAUUGAUUUUUCAGAAUACGCGAACGUACUAGGAUUAUGUGUUCAGUAAGUAGAAUCAAUACGGCAAGUACGGUGUUUUUAGUGCCGGAGUUCGAACGCCGUUAUCUAUUAAUUUUGAUGGUAAAUCCUUUCUUUGGCGGUAGCGUACGCGUUUAUAUGCGUUUUUUAAAAAACCAAUACCUACGUUAGCUUUUUUUUUCUCUUCGAAUACGGUGCUAUAGUGAACGAUAUAUUUAUUUAUUUUUCAACGUAGGUACUACAUACGUAUUCUAAUAUAGUAAAAUAGUAUUUUUUUUUCAAAAGUUCGCGAUCCGCUCGUUGAACCUUUGGAAACAACGAAUUUCGCCGCAGUAAUUCAAUUAAACUAAAUAGGUACCUAUAGCAGAAAAAAGCAUCGCCGAAUCGAAAGGAAAACCUUUUACUUCGACGUACAUAGGUACACGGAAGCCAUUCAGCGAUCGCGCACGAUCUUUUCAGUUCACCCUAACUUGCGCUCUGUUUCAAAGAAGGGGGAUCUACAAUCUACAAAUGACCGAAGAGUGGGGCCUGAACGAGACCAGCGAGUAAAUACGUAACAACCCCAAGUAACACGCAUCUACUAGAUAGUAAUUCAGCACGAUCGAUAAUUCUCAGACGCGAGAUCUUUUCCUGCAUUGUUUCGGUUCAAAAAGUUGUGUUUUUUUUAUUCGUUAACGAUUUUUCUUUCGAUUAUCGAGUUUCGAACGCGCGUGGUAUAGAGUCGUGAUGAGGAAAAGUGCGGUGUGAUCGAUCGCGAUAUCGAUAUCGGGAUAACCUGUUCGGGUAAAUGAUGACCUGUUGUUGUUCCUGUAGUCGGAGGCGGUGGUGAGAAAAUUCGCAGCCUAUUUGGAAAUAUACUCCCGAUGCAAGUUGGCGAUUUUAUCGAUACAACGAACGAGGCGCGAAGCGAUAUGCAUUAUUUUAGGAAUCAAGCUGCGAGGAAAGUUAGCCGGAGAUGUCUGAUAUUUUUGAAUUUUUAUCAUUUUUGGCAUCGAUAACGUACAUCGGCACGUAUCGAACACAUCCCCCCAUAUUAGUAAUGUCAGUAACUUAGUAUACUGCGUGAUCUUACUCACCCUCCUCGUGUAAUAUUUACAAUAAAACAGGAGUUCGUUGCCUCAUCAUAUAAGUAAUAAAAGAUACACACACCUGAGAGAUAUAGAGUGAUAGAAUUAUGGAAGAAAUGCCCAUCACGAUGGGUGAAGGGCACCAGUUACACGGUGACAGUACCGCAGCGACAAUUACUCCGAUACGCGGAGGUACCAGUGCAUUGGCAGCGUUGGCUGCCAGAGCUCACGUCGAGCUGGCCAAUCUGCAGAGAGAAGAGCUAUCUAGGCCUGCUGUAUUGAUCCCAGCUCCAUCCUCGAAUAAUACUCGAAACGGUAAAGAAUCGGUUAUCGAAGAAGUACCGGUAACAGCGAUCAAAAUCGAUUACUCGAAUAGCAGGGGGAAUUUUUGCAACAAACGUAAGAAAUUCUCGGUCAUCGUUAAUCAUCCGGACGACUCGAGAGAUUCGGACGACGUAGGCUCCGAUAAAAUAUCGAAUAAUUCGGCCAGCUCGGUGGGUUCGAUGGUCGAUUGCCAGAAUACCAACAACGACUAUGGCCGAAAUACCGGUAACAACAACAGCUAUCAAACGCAGCAGCAAUCAUCGUAUCCUCAUAUAUCGAACUUGAACGGCCGCAUGUCACCUCAAAGGUAUAGUCCGAAUUCGUCGUACGCUACUCUAACACCCCUGCAGCCUUUACCACCGAUAUCAACGGUAUCGGAUAAAUUCGCCUACGGGCAUUCCAGCAACGUUACCGGAUCAUUUACUGUAAUGCAACAUAACAUAGCCAUGGGUAUAGGCGUACAUUCGCCUUACAGUUACGAUAAAAUCAUGUCGCCGCCUCAUCCUUACUCGUCGAAUAUCGUGAUGCAUCAGCAGAAUUCGCCCGAUUCGCCUCAAAGCACCUAUAGUCAAAAUGGGCUCAGUUCGCCGCCUCGAAGCAGCUCACCAAACAGUUGCUACGACUCGCCGUACAAUCAAGAUAUAGUCAGAGAUCAAGUUACCUCGUCGCAAAGUCCGAACAUUAGUCCAAGAUCGGCAUCCAUGGGCUCGCCUCCUCCUGCCUCGCAUAUAGUCGGACCCGGAGGAUACGCCACCAACACCGCUCACAACACGAUGCCUUCUUCGAUAAUGCCAGCCAUCAACGGACUCAUCUCGGCGGCUCACGUGAUCGCCUCAACAUCCGGUAGAUGUUCGCCUCUAUCGCCUCCUCUGGUGCAUUCCAGGCAGCCAUCUCUGAUACAAUCGCUGGCCAUGGGAUCGCCGCCAAUCGACCAACCUCCGCCGAUAUCACCUCCGCCCGAACCUCCUCAACCGCCUUCGUUACCACAACACCUGCAACCUCUGACGCCGACCAAUUUAACGCAUCAUCAGCAAAUUCAACAAGCCAUCUUGGCUCAACAUAUUGAAAACGAGGUCGUAGUAGUAUCAUCGCCUUCGCCACCCAAUCAUAUCCAGCAGCACCACAAUCAACAACAACAACAACAGCAACAUCAUCAACUCCAAGCUCAGCAACAACUGCAAAGGCCUCAACAACAACAGCAGCAUCCCCCUCCGCCCCUAUCGCCUCAGCAAACGCAACAGUCUCUAAGUCAACAUCAACCUCAGCCUCAUAAUCAAGUACAAACCUGUAUACAAGCUCCUCAGCAACAAAUAAGGCCACAAAUUCAACAACAAAUUACCCAACAACAGAAUAACGUCGGUCAGCCUACCAAUGCGAAUCAGCAACAGCCUCAAUCGCAGCCUAUGUCUGUGCUUAAGGUUAUACCUCAUAAUAAUGUAUCGACUCCGAUGAACGCUACCGUCAAUAAUACCACUGAUAUGGAGGAAAUCAAUACCAAAGAAUUAGCCCAAAGGAUAAGUGCCGAAUUGAAAAGGUACAGCAUACCUCAAGCCAUUUUUGCUCAAAGAGUCCUCUGUAGAUCGCAAGGAACGUUAUCAGAUUUAUUAAGAAAUCCAAAACCGUGGUCCAAGCUGAAGUCUGGUAGAGAGACUUUUCGCAGGAUGUGGAAAUGGCUGCAAGAGCCCGAGUUUCAAAGGAUGUCCGCUUUAAGGCUCGCAGAUGAAUCUGUAAUUGUGUCUUGUGAUGAUGCAUAUCGUUCGCAGUACAUGCGCUAUCCUAAUCAACCUUAUAUCGCUGCCCAAGUGCCGCAAAGAAGCACUCCUACCACCAACAACACCACCACCACCACCACGACGACGCCAUGUAAACGAAAAGAAGAACCUACUCAGAAUACAAACACAAAUAAUAACAACAACAAUAAUAACAAUAAUACGCCGCCGAAAAAGCCUCGUUUGGUGUUUACAGAUCUUCAGCGAAGGACAUUACAAGCAAUUUUCAAAGAGACUAAAAGGCCAUCGAAAGAAAUGCAGGUCACAAUUGCUCGUCAACUGGGUCUCGAACCUACCACCGUUGGUAAUUUCUUCAUGAACGCGAGAAGAAGAUCGAUGGAUAAAUGGAAAGAAGACGAGCCGCCUAAAAGUGCCUCACCACCUCAGCAAGAUUUCCAAGGCGAGCCUAUACCAUCGGUUAAUAUUAUCACGCAACAGCCUGAUAAUAUUCUAUAAUGAAUACAAUCUUAAUUGUAAUUUUAUACUAAGGUAGUGUAGAUGCCUAAUUCUUUCUUUUCUUUUCUUUUUUUAUAUUUCGGUAACGAUCUCAAACAUUGUGAUAUACAGGUGCACCUCCCAUAUAAAACAACAACCCACCUUUAGACUUGUUUUCAAAAUGCCAAAUGCUCAUUUCCUGGUCCAAAUUUUCCACGUGACAGGUCUAUAAACAUACAGGGUGUUUGAUAGAAAUGGUACUUCCCUUCCCUUCCCCUCCAUCUUAAUUCAAAAACAGAAUCUAAAUUCUAGCAAGCUCCUAGGCCUUUAGUCUUCUUGGACGGAUUUUGGGCACCCCUCCUGAAUGUUUUAUUUUGAAUUUUGUUCGAAUUUAAAAUUGAAACAGCAAUCUAAAAAAUCAAAAUUAUGAAAUUUUCAUAGAAUCGACCAUGUUUACAUUAGGCAAUUAAUUUUAUAAGCCUUGCGCAGCAAUUGAAGCAGGAGGGAUGUCAAACAAAAGAUUACAUAGAAAAAGGUCAGGUUAAAAGUAAGAUGAAUAACAAAACUUAUACAGUAGAAAAUUAUCCAAGCCUGAAAGCAAAAGAAUUAUGAAAUUUGGAAAUAUAAUCUGACUGAGUAAAGCAGCGAAGAAACCUCUCAACUCGUCUAUUUCCACUCCUAUGAGUAGCGAAUUGAUUUUCCAAUUGGAAAUGUUGGAUUCAAAAUGGUCAAAUUUGAUCAGACUUGUUUCAAAAAAAUUGAAAAACGUAUUUUUGGAAAAAAAAUUGAAAUUUAUAGGCCAUGAUUUUUUACAUUUUAUCCAUAGUUAUAAAUUUUUAAAGCUUUCCUGCUCCUUUUAAUCUAAUUUCUUUUUUAAAAAAACAUCAGAGAUCUGCUUGAUUUUUCAUCUUUAUCAAUUAACAAACAUUUAACGGGAUUUUCAUCCAACAUGAUUUUAAAGGGUGGUCGGAGUGAUCGGGGUGGUCCAUUUGUAAGGUUCCAAAAAAAUGAAUCAUUUCAGUGAAGUUGAACUAUCCAAUUUUUUUUCGAAGUGAGAAUUUAGAGAGCAUAAUUACUCACAUCAUUUUGGUCGAAAAUUUAAUGAACUCAAACGUUUCUUUUCAUUUUUUUUUCUAACAGUUUUUGUUCUUUUGAGAAAACUGUGAUGAAAAAAAGAGAAAAAUUUAAAUUUCUCAGAGGUAGAACUAAGGGAUCUAUGAAAAAAGUAAGGCACGUAAUAAAAUUAUGGAGGAUAGGAUGGUCUGGAUGGUUCAUUUAAGAAUAUGCAAAAAAAUCGUCACACUUUGCGGAUCAUAAAAAAUAAAUUUUUUAGGAAAAAUUUUGAAUUUUGUGAAAAAAAUGAAGAGAAGCAAAAUUAUGAUGCAUGAAAGAGUUAUUCCCUGGUAAAAUAGGUGAAAUGCCCCUGUCCUCGAAUUUUUGAAAUUUUGAUAAAACAUUGCUAGGUGCCUUUAAAAAAAAUGUUGAAGCCGAAAAAUCCCCCCCACUCCCCUCCCCUCACAACGGUGAAAAAACGUUUUUUUGGGGGAAAAAUCAUAAAUUUCAACGAGUUUUGAAUAAAAAAUUUUGAAUUCACCCAAAAUGUAUUGAAGAGACCUGAGUCUAGCAACGUGAAUUUUUUCAAAUUUUUUUGACUCCCCAAGGGGGGGGGGAGAUAUUGACAGAAGAAAAUUUUAAACCGUCGUAUCUACAAACCUAAUUCUGGUACACAAAAUUUGGGCCAACAAUUUUUGAAAAAAUUCACGUUGCUAGACUCAUGUCUCCUCAAAAUUUUUUAUUCAAAACUCGUCGAAAUAAUUAUGAUUCUUUUUUCGAAAAGAGUGUUUUUUCGCCAUUGUGAGGAGGGGGGGUAAGGUGGGGGAAUUUUUUUUGGAUCCAACAUUUUUUUUAAAGGCAUCCAACAAUGUUUCAUCAAAAUUUCAAAAAUCCGAGGACAGGGACAUUUCACCUAUUUUAUCCGGGAAAACCCUUUUUUCCCCCACAAGAAAGUCAUAUUUUUUGAAAUAUUGUGAGCUAGAUUAGGAAAGUUCACCUUGAAUCGAUUCCUUGUGCAUUGUUAAAAGUUGAAAUGAUCAAAAUUCAAGCCCUCUGAGAAUAAAAUGAAGGGAAACAAAACAGCAGAGCUUAAAACUUCCCAUCUGCAGUGAUGUAUGAUGAAUGUUAUCCAAUUUCCACAAAGCUUUGUUUGUAGGUAAAAUUGUUUUUGGAGUGCUCCUGGCGCAGAACUCACCUCAGAUUAUUUCACUCAAAUAAGCAGUUACAUGCUCAAAGCUUGAAUUCUGAGACAUGGGAUGGUAAUUUCGCGAACUGAACUGAACUUUGAAAUGGAUAAUUAAAUUUAAAAAAAUACAGAGUCAUACAAAAAAAAAUGAAAAGAAGCAAAUUGUGUGAAAUUAAAAAUUUUUUAGCUAAUGGAAUGCAAUGAUUUUUUCUUUCAGGGGGCUUUGUUUUUGAUAUACUUAGCUCCACUGAAAAAGAUUUCCUAUAAACAUUUUUGUAUAAGGGCCAUCCUGUACAAAAAAUCAUUUCGAUAUAAAUAAAAAUCCUCAAAAUUUCCACGCAUUUCUCCCAUACUAAAUGCUCAGAAAGCAGGCAAUCAUACUCUAGAUAAUCCGUAACCCAGCUUCUGAAUCAAAAGAAACCCUUCAUCUCUUACAGAACACCCUGUAUGUUGAUUUAUUUACUUUCAGGUUCUUAUUUGACUCAAUAUCGCAACUUUUGAUUACUUCCCAGCAGGUUUUUUUCAAAUAUAGAACAGAAUAAAUAUAUUCUAAUCCAAUACCUAUCCAUUACAUUAACUCGACAGAAGAGCAUUUUGAAAACAAGUAUGAAAUCUAGUCUUCUGAAUGGGAAAUUCCUACAUAACUUGGAGAUGACCAUCAUUACUCAUUUGUUGAUUGAUAUACCCGAGACAAAAUACCCGUCAACAUUCAUCAUUGGCAAAGGGUUAAUUUGAUAAAUAGUUGGCCGCCGCCGUAAAGUACCAUGUACGAGUAUGCGAGCAUACCGAAUAAUGUCAUUUAUUCACGAAUAGAAUGCAAAAGUAGGUUUGUCAAAUAUUUACAUUCCCAAUCGAAACUUUUAUUUUAUUCAUAAUCCAUAUUGGCGAAGUUUCCCUAAAAACGUGCAUCGUAUCGAUUUAUGUACAUUGGCGAAUUUUUGCUCGCUUCGAGAAUAUACCUAGAGGCAUUCUCGAUUCCGCAUACCUAAUACUUAAUUAUAAUAAAAUUUUAGAAUGAAAAAUUUUCCAAAUAAAUUACCCCCUUUAGAAUAACAAGUCGAGUUGAAGAACCCUAUAAAAAAUGUUAAAAAAUUCUUUAAAAAGGCAUCGUUUUUUUAAAUACUGUUCCAUCGUAUGUUCGAAAUUCGAGUAAAACCUACCUAUUUUAGAGAUGAAAAUGGUACCGGAUGAAUUAAAUAAUUAUUUAUUGAUUAGAUUACCUACGAUACCUACUCGAGCUAUUACACUAAAAUGACGCGAUGUUUUCGCCGUAAUUACCUAAGUACAUAUUUAAGUGGCCUCGUAUACUCGUAAAGGUACAUGCUUUUAAGCGUUUCCCAAAUGGUAUCACUUGUGGGAAUAUUCGCCUUUUUAAACUGCAUAAUCGAAGUGAUUCUGAAAAAUUAAUGCGCCGCUGUGUUCAUUCUUUUGUGAAAUUGCCAAUCGACUUAGUCGACUCGACUGUACAUUGUGAAAGUUGACGGGUUCAUUUUGCAAAACACGAAUCAUUUAUUUUUUAUUUUAUGUAAUGUGAUUUCUAUUCGAAUGAGUUUUGAAUUCCUUUAAAUACCUAUUUCAUUUAAGACGCCGAUUAAACUUUAAAUUGGUUACGAAUGGAAUGAUUUUCCUCAAAAGUAGCCCCCUCCCCCUCCCACCUUUAUUCCUUCGACAUCUCGCUUAGUUUUUUCUCACCACACCUUUGCCUCGCUAAAGAAAAUGUUACGUUCAGACACAAAAACACAAAAAUGAAAAAUGAAAAACUUCUCACGAGCAAAAAAAAAUAUACCAUAACCAUUUUACAAUUUUUAUUCUACUAUUUUUCAAACCAACGAUACAUCCUACGCAUUUCAUUUACAGAACGAAAUUUCUUACGAGUUGUAUAUACCUAAGGUGAAUUUUUUGUUUGAAAUUUUCCUCCUUAGAUUUACCUUUGUUCGUGAAAUAUUGCCUUUGAUAAAAGAAUUUCUUAGGAUAUUUGAUAUUAACAUCAAGGUUAUAGGAAAUAUACGACGGAGGGAAACCAAACGAAAAGAAACCGAAGGGCUUUUCAAGGUGGCAAAGUGUUCAUUUGGACCAAUUUAAAUAAUUAUUUUUUCGUAAAAAAUACUCGAUUCGGAUUUUUUUUCGAUCUUGAGGCAACGAUAAUAUUUUUGUAGAGAAAAAAUCUACCCACGUAUCACAGUUACUUAUUCGUCAAAUAUUUUUUCAUCACUAAGCGAAUACCUCUAAAUUUAAUUGAAAUUUUCAGCAUUUAAAAAAUGAUCAUGGUGCUACUUGUUUUCAUCACUUCCUCUUCCCUUCCAUCGCCUAAACUAAUUAAAUAUUGAUUUAGGUAUUUAAAUAAAAUAAAAAAAUUGGCAAAUAGGUGCCAAUUAAAAAGGAAUUCAAAAUUCAUUCUUUUACCUAUUGUUAAAUUUAUUUGAGAAUUUCAAAAGUAAAUGAUCAUAUUGAAUGAAUUUGCAAAAUGAAAAUCAUUAACAGAUUUUUUUUUAAAAAUCUAUCAACGAGAAAUUUCAACACUGGUAACAAAUCUAGUCAAAUACUCGUAUUGAAAUUCUAGUCAUUUACAAAUCAUUUUACAAAAAACUUAUCGAACUUAUCUAGUCAAAAUAUUGUAAAUGAACAUUCCAAAGAAAACAAACCAUUGGCCCAAAGAAACUACAUCUAGUCACUUUUGUUCAAAUAAUUUUCUAUACUAAUUUUAUGUUUACAAGAUGUCAUUUUAUUUUAAUAGUACAAAAGGUUUUUUUUUUUCUUUUCAGUUUCUAUUUACGUUUUAAGUAAUAUUGUGUAAAUAUGAAAUGUUUUUUUUUUUUAAAUAUCUAGUCUGAAAUUUUCAUCUUGAAAUUUUUUCUUACCACUUUUAAUUUGAUUAUAAGUUUUUAUUUUAUCGUUAGAUACAGCUUGAUCUUUUGCCAAAAUUUUUAAAUAAGUAAUUAGUUUCUAAUGUAUCAAAGCUGCAUAUAAACGUGUAUAGUAAUAUUUUAGGAAUUCGUUAAGUUUUCUUUUUUUUCAAAUUUUCAUUUUAGUUGUAUUUUUCAAUGAAUCAAAUACAAAAUGUUUUUUUUUUUUUUCUAAAUUGCGAACUGAUUCGGUUGCAGUAGGGUGAUAUUUGUUGGAAGGGUUACUCGAUUUAUGUAGAAAUAAAAUGAAGCAAUUUUUUAUGGUGAAAAAUGAAAUAUUCAAAUAUACCAAAAAAACUUUCCAUUGAAAAAUAUUUUUAAAAAUCACAAUCGACCGAAUCAGUACAACUUCAUCUUAUGUAAAAGAGCUUGCUAGGAAUAUUUAUAGAAUAUCACAUAAUAGGUAAUUUUAUCCGUCUCAGGAUACGAGAAUAGCAAAAAAAUGAUCAAUCUGGGAAAACAAUACAGCACUUCUAGUUGUUCCUGAAUUAAAAAAAAAAAUUAACGAAAAUGAAGCCAAAGUCUGAAAAAGUUUUAUAUAUUGUUUUAAUAUAGUUUGCUUACAGAUUUUAUUGUUAUUUGAUCUGUUUAUUAUUAUAAAUUAUUUAAAAAACGUUACCUUUUGUAUUUAUAUGUAUAAAAUAUUGUUUUUGUUUAUUUUUUUAAUCUUAAGUAUUCAUGCAAUUUUGAAAUUAAUACAGGCGAAGUAUCAAAAUGCAAAAGAUUUAUCAAAAUUUUUACACGUCUUUGUGAAAUACGUUUUCUAACAUUCGAGUCCGAAUAACUUCAAAAUUUUUUCUCCAUAAUUCACGUUUUGAAAAGCUGUAUACAAUACACGAAAACAAUGUAUAUUGUAUUAUACACGAUUUUUAAACAUUCCUUAAUAAUAUUAUAGUUGGAAAAGAUAUUGUUAAUGUAGUUGAAAUAAAUUGUUUUGGGUUUGAGUUAUAGUAGAGAAGCAUGAUUGGUAUAUCAUUUGUAUUUGAGAAGGGCUGGAGGGAAAGAGCAGCAGACGACUAAAAAAUAAUAAUCAAAUCCCUGAUAUUUUCCUGAACAGAUUUUGAAACGAAAAAUUGCUUCAAAAAAUGAGUUACCUAUUUGAAAAAAUAAAAUCGAAUUUAAAGUGAAAAAUUUAUAGUUACAAUUAACACAGAUUUUGCGUUGAAAAAAUGUUUUAAAAAAAGGGUGCUUUGAAAUUUUUCAACAAUUUUGCUCUAAAAUUUGGGGAAAAUGCAAUUUUUUGACAAAUGAUAUACCAGUUGAAGUGAACUUUAGAUGAAGUAGGUAGUUAGGUAAUGCAUUUAUUACUUUUAGGAACUGUUUAAAUUUUCUUUUUGAUGUCAAAAAUGAACUUAAUACAAAUGAUUAUAAUAUUGAAAUCCGAUGGAGUUGACGAACUCUUCAAUAAACAUGAUAUUUUUUUUUUUAAAUGCAUACUUUUUUCUGGGGAGCCAUCGGAUUAUUCACACUUAUGAUAUUUUUCUACUUAAAAAUUUAAACUUUCUAGUAGGUAGUAAAAAAGAAAUGGUGUUAUUUAGAAAAUAAAAAAAAUAUUAUAAGCUAACUUCAAUUUUGAACUACUCGACAAUGGAGCAUGUAUUUUCAUGAUAUGCCGAGACAAUCAAAUUUUUAAUUAAAAUUAUUCCAUAAAGAGCUCAAUUUUUGAUCCACACGAGGAAAAUUUUCGAACUCCGAUUAAAUUGAAGUUAGCUUGAAAAAAAAGGCAAUAGCUCACGUAAAUGGGAACACGAUUAAUCAGUAACAAUGACAUCGCGAGUUUUUUUGUUAUAUCCUAGUUUUUUUUUGUUUUGUUGUUACUCGUAUUGAAAAAAACUUGUAGAUAUAUUUUUUUUAACGGAAAAAUUUUGAAUUAUGAAGCAGUUUCAUAAGUAUGGGAUAAUUGUAAAUACUGUUUUAUAUGAUUAGAUAUUUUUCACAAUAAAAAUUUUUGAAGGAA